UCACAGAGGAAGUAAGAUAUGAUGCACUCCCACUGCCAGUGACAGAUUUGAAGAGCACAGUCACAAAGGGCGAGUCCAACUGUCUUAAUUGAGGAUUAUUCUUUGGGGCAUCUUUACAGAGUAAAUUAAAGAACGCAGUGGAAGAUGUCGUGCCUGAAGUGUCUAAAGUACACCAUGUGUGUGGUGAACUUUGUCUUUUUUGUCUGUGGGGCUACUGUCUUUGGAUUUGGCAUCUAUUUGAUGACAUUCUCCAGGUUCUCUUCCCUACUCCCCAGUCUUCAGGCUAUGAGCAUCGCAAACUCGGUUUUCCUCACUGGGAUCGUUAUCACCUGUGUCUCCUUUUUGGGCUUUCUUGGAGCCCUGAAGGAAAAUCGUUGCCUGCUUAUAUCUUUCUUCAUACUGUUGCUCAUUCUAAUGUUGGCUGAGCUGACUGGUGCCUGCCUUUUGCUGAUGUACGAGACACAGAUUGAGGAGUUCAUUAAUAAAGAUCUUAAGAAUGGUUUAGAAAAAUCCAAUGAGAGCAGACGCAAUGGAACAGUUGAAGAUGACUGGGACAAAGUGCAAAUGGCUUUUCAUUGCUGUGGAAUCCGUAACCAUACAGACUGGGGGACACAUGUACCGAACUCAUGCAUCGAGUAUAGAAAUGAAACACAUUAUUGGCCGCAGGGUUGUUUCACAAAGCUGAAGGGUGCAUUUGAUGAAAACCUCUUGAACACAGGGAUUAGUGUCAUUGUUGUCUGCAUUAUUGAGGUCUUGGGUAUGUGUUUCUCAAUGACCCUGUUCUGCCACAUAAAUCAAACUGGGUUAGGAUACAAAUGAUCAAACACAAUGUUUCCAUAUUUCACAGUUUGUGUUUUUAAUAACUAUUGUCACACAAAUACCCAAAGACAGCCAGUAAAAGACAAGAUGGCUCGCAGUUCUUACAUGGAUGCUUGGUUCAUGGUUCUAUGUAUAUGGUAUCUGUCCUCUAAGAAACAUUGGUACAAAAUCCAUAAUUAUUGUAACUUCAUUAUUGUUAUUAUUAUUAUUAUUUUGCAUGUAUGAUUUACAGUUAUUAGAGCAGUUAAAUCAGAACUGGUUAAAAAAAAAAAAAAACUCAGCAGUAUUAUUUUGCCUUUGGCCAUCACAGCUUAAAAGGAAACUUUCUAGGGGGUUUUAGACACUGAAUUCACCCACUUUCAUCUGAAUGUCAAAUUAUAAAAAGGGUGUAAGAGAGAUUUUCCAUGAUGACUCAUCUUUACACAAAAAUAUAAUGGCAUAUUACACUGUAUAUAUAUAAGUACUGGUUUUUUUCACGUCAUGUAAUUAUUUUUGACCUAAUAUGUUGCUGUAAUUGACUUAUAUAGAGUAUAAUUGACUUGUGUAAAGAUGAACAAUGCAAAGCAUUUAUUUCUUAUCACUUCCUUUUCCGACUAGCUGUAGCAGUGACUAAACCAUGUGAUUUCGAAGAAUAUGCACAGGGUGGAAACCACACGAGCUUAUUUUAAACCAUUUACACCAUCUGUAAUGCAUAUUGUUUUUUCCUUUUCUUUGCAAACUAAUGUAAAUUAAACCAAGACAGAAUGAAAAUGUUUUCUCUCCUUUUUGAAACAUUAAGGCAAAUGCCAGCAUUAUGCUUGUGGUUGAUAGAGGAAGUACCAAUAGCAAAUCAACACUUCCUC